CCACCGUUCUUCGUUCCCAGGGUUCCGUGAGAGCCGUUUGCCCCACCCCACCUCUUCAACGCUAUCUAUCUCAAUGUACAAUUCUCAGAGAAAAAAGGGGGCAAAAAUAAUUCAGAGUAACACCGCAAAGAAACGUUUCUCAUCUCCCCGACCGGUUCACCGGAGCAGACGCGGCCUCUCGGCGGCGGAAGAUAAACGUCUCGCCGUUGGACCAGUGAUUGAAAACACCGCGGUGUGUUCAUGUAUCAUGCACAUGUAACCAUAAUCUACCAUACGGAUUCAAAGGGAAUACAACAAGCUGAGAGACUUGACAGCGGGCUGUACCUGCGCCAAACGGGAAAAUAACAGAGGAUUUUCCGCCAAUAUCACCUGGAUUUCGCGUCUUAUUCAAGGACAUCCAACUGCCAACAACCGCGGAGAAGCUUUCCAAUGUGAGGAGAAAUACAAAUUAACGUUACAGAGAGAAAAAGGACGAAGAAGGGGCCUUUUCUUUUGGGUCUGGUCAAACCCUCCGAAAAAAGCAAGCAGCAGCAUCUGUUGACGGGGAGAGGAAAUAAUUUUGACAUCGGCUAAAAACAGGAUAUUAUUGAUAAGGUUGCUCACAUCAACGACGACAACCCUCCUCCUCCCAAAAAACGGUGUAUAAUGUGACGGGUUUGAUAGAGAAAGAAGCCCCGGUGUUGUCUGAUGAUUCACAUGCCGUCAUUUUAAGAGGAAUUUUUUAUUUUUUAUUUUUUUCCCCACCCGCCCUCUGAUGUGCUUUGGUUAGGUGGAUUGCAAACAACCCCUAAAAAAUAAUAACCUAAAAAAAAUAUACAUUUAAAGGGCAAAAAAAAAAAAUCGAGAAAAAUAGGAUUGUGAGUGGAAAUGAAUUGAAUGGCAGUGUGAGAUAUCUGCCGAAGAUGGGCUCCAGAGGAGACAUUUGCUAAGAAAAUUAAACAUAACACCGUGAAAAUAUAUCUACGUUUAAAAGCCAGCGUUUAAAUUGAAAACACGUUCAAGGAAACAGGACCACCGACGUUCAUUCAUGUACAUUGCAAGGCUGGAAAUUUCACAUCCACUCUCUCAUAUCAAUGUUGAUGACUUCAUUGCGGAUUUACAGUGAAAAACACAAGAAUCAAGCGUCUGAGAGGGCGGCAUCAUUGCUCUGCUCCCCUUUUUUUGAGUGAUCUCUUAUUGGUAAAUUGCCAGUAAAUAGCCACAUCCAUCCAUACAUAUUGUGCCAAAGCCUGGUGGAGCCCACCGUCUACUACCUAACAGGUUUACAUCAUCUGGCAACAUAAAUGUCACCCAUUUUGAGCCAGGUGUUCCUCUGUUGGGUCAGUCUAGGAAUUUAGGAUUGAUUGAUUUUCUUCUGAUCAAUACCCUCCCUCCCUACACCUACCUACCCACCCAACCAACCACCCACCCUGCCUCCCCCCUGAACCUAACACUGGGUUUUUGGGAAGAUGGGCUGUCUUGGCAAUAGUAAGACUGAAGACCAACGAAAUGAGGAGAAGGCACAGAGGGAAGCCAACAAAAAGAUAGAGAAGCAGCUCCAAAAAGACAAACAGAUAUACCGGGCGACUCAUCGGCUACUACUAUUAGGGGCCGGUGAAUCCGGGAAAAGCACGAUAGUCAAACAGAUGCGAAUAUUGCACGUUAAUGGCUUCAAUGCAGAGGAGAAAAAACAGAAAAUUCAUGAUAUAAAAAACAACAUUAAAGAAGCUAUAGAGACAAUUGUGGCUGCCAUGACUACGCUCACACCGCCAUGCCAGUUAGCCUGUCCUGCAAACAAAUGCCGAAUCGAUUAUGUCCUGAACCAAGCAAGCCAGAAGGAUUUUGAGUUUCCCUCGAGGGACCUGUCCUCCAGAAACACAGAGGCUCAGAGGGAUUCCCCCCUGAGCUCCAGUCUGCUCCCGGCCGCCAUUCAGAGAUUCGCUGCAAUGUCAGACAUGGAGUUUUAUGACCAUGCAAAGAUCCUCUGGCAGGACGAGGGUGUGCGGGCCUGCUGGGAAAGGUCCAACGAAUAUCAGCUCAUCGACUGCGCACAGUACUUCUUAGACAGGAUCGAUGUUGUCAGGCAGAAUGACUACACACCCACUGAUCAGGACCUGUUGAGAUGCAGAGUACUGACAUCUGGGAUCUUCGAGACACGAUUUCAAAUAGACAAAGUCAAUUUCCAUAUGUUCGAUGUUGGAGGUCAGAGGGAUGAACGCCGAAAAUGGAUCCAGUGUUUUAACGAUGUGACGGCCAUCAUCUUCGUGGUGGCGAGUAGCAGCUACAACAUGGUGAUCAGAGAAGACAAUCAGACCAACAGACUACAGGAAGCCCUCAACCUUUUCAAGAACAUCUGGAACAACAGGUGGCUACGGACCAUUUCGGUAAUCCUCUUCCUGAACAAACAGGACCUGCUCGCUGAGAAGGUUUUGGCAGGGAAAUCUAAAAUUGAGGAGUAUUUCCCGGAGUUUGCACGCUACACUACACCUGAUGAUGCAAUACCAGAGCCAGGUGAGGAUCCCCGCGUCACAAGGGCAAAAUACUUCAUCCGGGAUGAGUUUCUGAGGAUCAGCACAGCCAGCGGGGAUGGACGGCAUUAUUGUUACCCCCACUUCACCUGCGCGGUCGACACAGAAAACAUCCGCCGCGUCUUCAAUGACUGUCGCGACAUCAUACAGAGGAUGCACCUACGGCAGUACGAGCUCUUGUGAUGGGCAGCGGCGUCCAGCCUACUUAUCUACCUACCAACCUACCUAUCUGCCCCCACCCCCACCCCCUCCACACACACACACGCGACCAGUUAGCCAACCACCCCCUUCCACUUCAACCAACUUCACCAAAAAACAGAGCCCUCCCCUCCAUCCAGAUACAACUCCUACUUCUCCUACAACAGUGGAAAGACUUUUUUUGAAAAAAGGAGACACUGUUAAGAAUACACCAACAUUUUCAUCAACUAUUAGCCAGGACUGACUGCUGUACUCAGCUACACUUUGACCCAGGAAAGAGGGUCAGGACUGGAAUCCCUCAGUACAGGCUAUCCCUCCUUUUAGCUCUCUUUCUCUCUCAGAUAUACAGUAUGAACACACACACACACACACACUCACAGGUACCCACACACUACAGCAUAAGACAUUUGUUUUAAUGUCUCAUAUCACACACACAAACACACACACAGAACCUUUUAAAACCAAGUCCUCCUGCUUUAAACAGUUGGCAGAGGCUGAAUUAAAUAAUGCAUUCUGAGAGAGAGGAGUUUAUUCACCGCGUGCUGAAGACAACAACGAAGGAGGAGGAGGAGGAGAUGAAGAGAACAAUGGACAUGGAGGGUGGCAAACUGAUACAGAGGAGGGCUGUGAGCCUUUUUGUUGCCCGAACAGACAGACUAAUUGACUAACGGCUGCCUGUGGACGUGAGCGUGACUUGAACAUAAGACCACACGGCUCACAUGACAUGCUCUUCAAGAAACCAAUCGAGGAGGGAUGGCAGAAAACAACAAAAAAAAGGAGAAAAAAAAAGAAAUACCAUACAAUGCAUAAAUUCAUGCAUACCAGUGAACUUCAUGCAGUGCAAAAAAUCCAAGCUAUAUAUAUAGAUAUUUAUAUAUGUGUGUAUAUAAAUAUAUAUAUAUGUGUGUAUAUAUAUAUAUAUAUAUGUAUAUAUAUAUAUAUUUAUAUAUAUAUAUAUAAAUAUUAUAUAUUCCUGUAAUAACACAAAUCAAGUUUUUGUUAGUUUUUACCCCAUGUUGUGUGUUGGUGUACACUGUGUGUGUGUGAUCUGCCUUUGUGCACCAUUUAAACCCCCCAACCUACACACGCACACAUAUUUAUACACACACACAUACACACACAUAUACACCCUCGCCCCUCCCUGCCCCUGCUGCUAUUUGACAACUACUCAACAUAUGGAGGAGAGGUUUUAUUUAAUAAGGAAAAAACAAUGCAAAAAGGAAAGCAUGAAGAAAAUGACUUAUCAAGACUGGAUGCAACAUUUUUACCUGGGAACACACACACUAACACACACACACACGCUCCAGCCCUCAUCAGCCCCCCCCCUCCCCCUCCCCCCCUCUUCCACAUGACGCCCCCCCCCCCUCCCUGCACCUUUCGUCUUGUCCUCUCACCUCUCCCAGCCCCACUUCCUGUCCCUCCUGGCUUUAAGUACGUCUGUCUUUAUUUUACUGCUGGACUAUUAUUCUUGUACAGACUGUAAAAUGUAUUAUUUUGUACAACUUUAUUGAAGAAAAAAAAAUAACUUGUAGAAGAUCCCUGUGCCUUGAUCACGACUGUACGUGUAAAAAUGAGCUAAUAUGUAAGUUAUGUUUCACUGCGCUGUACAGCUGGACGGGUCUGUCCCACCUCGUCCGUGCUGGCUCGCCCCUCUGCUGGAGGCUGGGGGGAGGGGCAUCGGAUCGGGGCGGAGGCCUUUCGUCUGUUGCUUAGUUUCCUUCCCCCCCCCACAUUUGUUUGUUCGUUGAUUCAUUUGUUUUGCUUUGACUCUCCUCUGGUUUAUAUAAUAGGAUUUGAAAAAAAAUGAAGAAAAAAAAGAUAAUCAGACACACCACCUUAAUGCUGUGUAGUGAAAGAUACUGAAGCCUAACACAAUUUAAUAUAUAUAAAAUAUAUUUCAGAUUUUAUAUUUUAUAUAUAUGUACUGUACACUUAUAUCUAUCUCCCUUGUGAGCUGUCCCCCAGGUUUCCUUUGCUUUCUGUCAGUAACAUCUGCAUACAUUUUCAGAAGGUGAUUCUGGGUGCAAUGGGAUGGGUAUUCAUUUGUUUUUUUGUUUGUUUUUUUAAUUUUAGCUUUAACUCUUUUGAAGGAGAGGGAAAUAUCCAGUUGCAAAACAUUGCUUGUUUCUACAUAAACCAAAUUCUUUUUGCUUAAACAAGAAGAAACCGUUGUAUUAGUGUUUGGUUCAUUCUUAGGCUGAGUAUACUAGAUCCUCUGUUGUACAUCACAUGCACUUAGCUGCCAGUUUAUUAGGAACACCUGUCUUAAGGUGCAGUAAAGCCUUCCUUCAUUAUUGUAACAAUGUUCUGUUAGGUGUUAGGUAAAUAUUUGACACAUCUCUCAGUAAAACAUGAUAUGAUUGAUAAUAAUAAAGUUUAUUUAUAUAUUGUAGCACUUAUCAAAACCAGAGGAUACAAAUUGUUUUACAAGUAAGGAGAAAACACACAUACAAUGUAAAUUAAAAUUCAGAGUGAGAAAAGCAAACUUUAAAAAUUGAGGUCGGUUAAUACAACCAAACUUUCCAUACCUGCAUACUAGAGCUGCCCCUCCUAAACCUCAUUUAUACUCACUUUACGUACGAAAAUAGAUCAGUCCAUUUCAAAUAGACUAUUUGCUACACUGCCCACACGAUUUCAGGUGAUACUGCUCCGUUUCCUCUGUGUCUGUGAGUUUUCAGAAACUGUGCACAAAUACUGAUGAAAUUCACAUAAAUCCACAUCCGUAUAUGCAUAGAAAAUUGAGCAUCCAUUACUCAACUAAUUGGUUGAGUUUUGGUCUUCGUCGACAAAGAUUUCUUUAGUUGAUUCAUUAUUUUUAAUGCUCUUUUUCAUCCUGAAUGACUCCUUUCCAAGAAAGUUAUAAGAACAUCUGGUAAACACUAGAUUUAAAUUGCAGCUUUUGCUUUUUUUUUACAGAUUUUGAAAUCUACUCAUCGAUUAGUCCACAAAACUAAGUGAGUGUUAGUCGAUGAAGAUUUCUUUGAUUGAGGACAGCUCUAAUGCAUACACUAAUAAAUAUACUCAUGCAGACAAAUGACCCAAAUUAAAUAGUGUCAAAGAGCACACUGAUUUACAAAUCUGAUCUUAACUUCAGCCUCCAAAAUAAAGCUGAAUUAACAUAUCUCUUAACAGUAACAGUUACAACAAAAACUGAACAACCUUGAGGGUGGGAUUUAAUGUUGUCAUAUCCUGUUCUAUUAGACACCAUUAGUUUUAGCUAGGUGUACCUAAUAAACUGGCAACUGUUAUCUAA